CGACGAAUAAAUAUUCUUGAAAUUCUAGAAGUUUUCCUACGUGUUUUCGUUUUUGGUCUAAGUCAUUAUUUGCUAUCUUGUUAAGGUGUCAAGCUCUUUUAUAAGGCAAACAAUCCAAAUGGAAACUGCGGAAUCCCCGUCGGAAUUAAUUCGUCAGGCUAAUUCAGCUUUUGUUUCGGAAGAUUACGCCGAAGCAGCCGAGCUGUAUACCAAAGCCAUCCAAAUUGAUGACAGCAAACCAGAGUACUACGUAAACCGUGCCCACGCUCUUCAGAAACUUGAACGUCACACAGAAUCCAAAUCUGAUGCUCAGAAGGCCAUUGAUCUUAACCCCGCAGACCCCAAAGCUUACCUUAGAAAGGGAAUAGCUUGUUUCCAUCUGCAACAGUACGAAGAAGCAUAUGAAGCCUUCCUAGCAAGCUCAACUCAUGGGGGUAAUGAUGCUGGUAUUCGGCAAUGGUUAACUUGGGCAGAAGAAAAGCUUCUUAAAAGUAAAAAAACUCCAGUUGCUGUCAAACAUGAUUGGUAUCAGACAGAAAGCCACGUCUGUGUUACAGUUCUUGCAAAAAAUCUCAGCCCAGAUUCUGUCAGUAUAGAAUUUGCUCCAUCAACAAUGAUGAUGAAAGCCAAACUACCAGAUGGAACGGAUUACGAGCUCAAUUUGAACCUAUCUUUCCCAAUCGUGCCCGAUCAAAGCUCAUAUACGGUGAUGAAAACUAAAGUCGAAAUCAAAAUGAAGAAAUGCGACGGUAUUCGAUGGAGCUCGCUCGAAGGUCAAGCACCAGCUAAUGUAAAGCAGAUUCCUGUAGCAAUCCCUGAAUCAUCUACACAGCCACCUGUUUACCCUUCAUCAUCUGCUAAAAAGAAGGAUUGGGACAAGAUCGAGUCUGAGAUCAAGAAAGAAGAAGCCGAAGAGAAACCGGAAGGAGAAGCGGCCCUGAAUCAGCUGUUUCAAAAGAUUUACUGCGACGGAUCGGACGAAAUUCGUCGGGCUAUGAACAAAUCAUUUCAAGAGUCUGGCGGAACUGUACUCAGCACAAAUUGGAAUGAGGUGGCCAAAGAAAAGGUCUCAGUCAAACCGCCUGACGGUGUCGAAUUCAAAAAAUGGGAUGAGUAAACUCUGGCUCUACAAUCGUGUUUUAAACAGAAAUGCCACGCUUAAAUAUUUUGCCUGGUGAAUUUUGUAUCUGCGUCUGUUUCAACCAUCACAAAGUCCCCCACAUUCUUUCAAAAUAAAUCGUUUUGCAUCAUA